GCUUUUUUAUUCAAUAAUUCUCUUAUUCUUAAUUUUCUUUUCAGAUUUCUUUCUUUCUGUUUUUAAUUUUUGCUUCUGUUUUUUAAAGUGUAUAAUUUAGAUCAGCCGUACGAAGCAAUGCAUGCUUGUGUGUGUGAUCCAUAAAACACGAAACAUUGAGAAUAAGGAGAAUUAAACAAAUCAACGAGUCAAAGGUGUUCAGAAUGUGAUGAGUGAGGUCAUCUUUAUUUUCUUUAAACAAAAUGUCAUUUUUAUAACUUUUCUGGUGAAAUUGAAACACAGUUUCAGUGAGAUUCGAAAUGUUAUGUAAGUGUCACGCGUUUCUAGUGAAUUUCCAUUUUCCAUUUUUAAACAAGGAAAUGCUCUAAAACCAUAUUUGACGUCCAACAAUUUAUUUGACUUUUUGAUGUCCAUCUCGACAUUUAUGAGACAUUUUGACUCUUUUUCUGCAGGUGGGGGUUAGUGGUCCAGAGGCGUGCAUGUCAAAAGCCUGGAGGCAUAGAGCCCUGAGACAAUGUUUGCUCAGCUUAAUAAGGCCUGUAUAAAAGUCAAUGAAGCAGGCAUUCCUUCACUUACUCUCACUUGAAGUCUUGUGCACACCCACAUCACCCUCACACACACGCGUGCGCACACGCAGGCCAGAGGAAGGUUGUCACCAGCAGUGUUAGUCAUCAUUAGGUUUAGUAAUGCAGCUUUGAACAAUAGCACUUCAUCACAUCCACUCUUGUGUUAGAUUUGACAGCGUCUUGAUUCUGUAGGACCGACCGCAGGCCUCCAAUCAUCUUCACCUGUUCAUCUGAGAGACCAACACAAACUUAAAGAAGAGACUCGCACCUGCAGCGCUCUCUUCACCUGGACAGGAGACGAUGGCCAGUCCCGUUCGAAUCCAGACGGACAGUUCACGCUCCAUCGCCGGCUUCCCCGAGAGCCCGCUGUCUUUCCUCAAGCGUGAGGAUGGAAUAGUGCAGACGUCAGACAUGCUGGACCACAAACCUCGUCCAGACGCCUCAGACCGUGGACAUCCAGGACUCUAUCUGUCCUGCUUUGAUAUGUUGUUUACAGAAGACACCACGUGGCUGGUGAGGCUGUCGGAUUCGUGCGGGCCGGCGGGCGGCGUGCCCAGACUGGAACCCGAACAGUGUCCUGUGAUUGACAGCCCGGGUCUGGGAACAUCUCCUCUGUCUCCUACACUCGAGGAACAGGUGGAAGAGAGAUCUCUGGAGCAGGUGCAGAGUCUGGUGGUGGGAGAAGUUCUGAAGGACAUCGAGACGGCUUGUAAACUUCUCAACAUCACACCGGAUCCGAUGGAGUGGAAUUGUGGGAAUGUUCAGAAGUGGUUGCUAUGGACCGAGCAUCUCUACCGGCUUCCGCAGGUGGGCAAAGCUUUCCAAGACCUGGACGGCAAAGAUUUGUGUUCCAUGAGCGAGGAAGACUUCCGUCUGCGCUCGCCGCAGUGCAGCGAAACCUUACACGCCCAUCUGGAGAUAUGGAAAUCAGCUGCCUGGAUGAAGGAGAGAUGUGCGGUCGGAGAGACCAGGAUGAGAGAAACAGAGGAGCUGUGGUCUGAGGCGGAUUCAUCUUGUUCUGGUCAACCCAUUCAUCUGUGGCAGUUCCUCAGAGAACUUCUCCUCAAACCUCAAAGUUACGGCCGCUGUAUACGCUGGCUUAAUAAAGAGAAAGGAAUCUUUAAAAUCGAGGACUCGGCUCACGUGGCUCGUCUCUGGGGUCUGAGGAAGAACCGUCCGGCUAUGAACUAUGACAAACUCAGUCGUUCCAUACGCCAGUACUAUAAAAAGGGCAUCAUCCGCAAACCAGAUGUCUCUCAAAGACUCGUCUAUCAGUUUGUUCAUCCGGUUUAGGAGAUGAGACGACGGCCUCUGAACUGACAAACCUUCAACAUUUCAUUCAAUCUUUAUUAAAGACACCAAGAGAACUUUAGGAUGUCUAUCAUUUUCUAAACAUCAAGUGUGCUUGAUUUAAAAUACUUUAACACGUGUUACAGGUGUGUCGGCUCUUAUCUGUUACUUUAAGACGAUUCUGUCACAUCAUUUAUGAUGUUUAAUAAGAGUGAUCAGGUGAAAAAUAAGAAAGGUUCUUGGGUAUGUUCGAGAAAGCAGAAGAGAAGAUCACUCGCAGCGUCUGCCUGUUUGUCAACACUACAGAGGGUGGAACCUUCAUUCAAAUAUUGUUUCUCUUUGCACCUUUAUGUACAUUCAGGACGUUCACAUGAGCGUGUGAAUAUGUUUGAGCAAACCUUCUUUACCCAGCCCAUGAUCUGCUGUGGAAAACCUUCCCGUUCGUCUUAAUCUCCGGCCUGUGCCCAGCAAACAUCACUGUUUUUCUCGGUUUGUGAGUUAUUGUACAGCAAAGCUUUUAACUCCGCCAAUGUUAAUUCAGCUUUAACUGAAAUGAUGAAUGUUCACCUUUACACACACACACAACGCUUAAGAUACGUCAUACGUGACGCCCGUGAAAUGAUGAUAAUUGAUGUCCUGCAACAAGUCAAAUAUCAGUCUGUACGUUUCUCCUGUUUUUUGCGGUUCUCUUGUGAGGAAAUUUCAGUAACAAUUUCACUCUUUUAUUACAGAUCAGAAUAAUUGUACGUGUUCAUUCUGUUGUGCUCAGACAGUUCUGAAUUCAUUUAUUAAAAAAAUCUUUAUUUGUUGUUA